GACCAGCAAACAAGAUCAGACGGAGAAAGACACUACAGAUGAAGCAGAGGACCAGAGACACAGCCCAGCUGAUCAACUGCAUUAAAAAGAGGAUCAAACCAUGUGCACUGAAAGGACUGUGGCUCGAAAUUGAGAGUCUGAUUUCAUCCACAGCCUAUUUAUCCAGACAACAGAAGUGAACUUGAUUGGUGAACAACUGAUUGCUCUAAGUUUCAGGCUUCUGGAAGUCCUGAAUCAACCUGAGUUAUACCUCUGGGAUUUUCUUCAAUUCUUCAGCCUCUGGAAGCUACUGUCUUCUGAGACAUAUGACAACAAAAAUCUUGUUUAACCAUCGAAACCUGGAGCAUCGGUGCCUGUCCACUCACAGGAAGAAAACUGAAGAUUAAGUUGUCUGUCCUUCAAGAAGUGUACUCGUUGUUUCGUGAAGAAACAUCUCCAUCGGUUGCAUGGAUGAGCCUCCUUCUUCAAAGCCUCUCCAAACUCACUAGUUUCAGCAUCAGGAGAAGACAGGUUUAUUGCAGUCAUCACUAUGACUGAUGGGGAUUAUGACUACCUUAUAAAGCUCCUUGCCCUGGGGGACUCCGGCGUGGGGAAGACUACGUUCCUGUACCGCUACACAGACAACAAGUUCAACCCCAAGUUCAUCACCACAGUUGGCAUCGACUUCAGGGAAAAGAGAGUGGUCUACACAGCAUCAAACCCGAAUGGAACAACCGCAGGGAAAACAUUCAAGGUCCAUCUUCAGCUCUGGGACACGGCGGGACAGGAGAGGUUUCGCAGCCUGACCACAGCAUUCUUCAGGGAUGCCAUGGGUUUCCUGCUGAUGUUUGACCUCACCAGCCAGCAGAGCUUUCUGAACGUCAGAAACUGGAUGAGCCAACUUCAGGCCAACGCCUACUGUGAGAACCCGGAUAUCGUUCUGGUUGGGAACAAGGCCGACCUGGCUGAUCAGCGGGAGGUUCAGGAGAAACAGGCCAAGGAGCUGGCUGACAAAUAUGGGAUCCCAUACUUUGAGACCAGUGCAGCAACUGGAGCGGAGGUGGACAAGGCAGUGAUAACUCUGUUAGAUCUGGUAAUGAAGAGGAUGGAGCAGUGUGUCGACAAACCCCCGGCCGAUCCAGCCAACGGGAACGGGGCCACCAAGCUUGAAGAGGGACAGCCCAAUGAGAAGAGAUGCGCAUGUUAAAUCAGGAGAUGCUCCUCUGCUGUCUGUUCUCUCGUCCUCACUUGCCGUCCAUCUUCAUUUUUCCUCUGUCUGUUCUGAUAGCAUGUUUCUCCUCUUCACUCUAAAAAUCAACAUGAGCCAUCUUCUCUUCUGGCUCUUUUCAUCAUUGUAUCCAUUCCUGUCUGCAACUCUGAUGAUGAUCAAACUCUCUCUAGUAGACAUUCAAGGUAAUGCAGCCUCAGCCUGUCAACCUUGAGAAGGAAAUUUAAACAGGAGGGGACGCGCAUUGUCACUGUUGGACACAUAAUGUGCCUCGCUGAAAACCUGCAGCCUGGGAAUUAAACUCUGAAUUCUCCCUGUUUCUCUCUUUGCUUUGCAUUCUGAUCAUUUAAUAGAUCUGAACAGGCAAUGUGAGCUUAAAAUUCAACUUUUUACCUAUUCAUCUGCUCAUGACUUCAUAGCAGGGAAAAGGUUGAACUUUGUGUCACGUUUGGGCCAAACAGAGUUUAAUACCAGGCUGUGUGAAUAAAGCUGUUUCUCCUGUACCACACUGAGGAUUAGUGGGACCAAAGUGUUUAAUUAUAUUUCUUUGUUUCUCUCUGUUAUGUGCUGGACCUGUAUCAACCACACAUUAGAGCUACCAGAGAAGCUUUGUUUUAGACAUUUUCUGAACUUGUGCCAAAUGGGUUUUGUAUUAAUUGCCGUUGUUGGGAGUCUUUAACACAGAAAUCAGUGGCUCCAGCAGUGUUUCAGAACAUAAAACUGUUUAUGAUGUCUAUUUUGUGACUAAUUGCGUUUUUAUUUUUUGUUUAUAUAAGCUUUUUUAACUAAUCUAUGGGCACUUUAUACUGUGUGUUUCAGCUUCAGCCGAAAUAAGCUGCCCAGAAAAAAAAGUAUAAGACCUACUAUUACGUUUAGUUUAAAAUAAACAAAAAUAGAAACACAGAUUGAUCUGAAUUAAGCAAAAAGGAGAUCAUCUUCCUCUUACAGUUUUUAGAAAAACAUUGCAAAUUGUAGUCCAAAAUGAUGCAAGGGCAGUUAACCAUCACUAAAUGUUGAAUUGCAGAUAGAAAGUGGUACAGAGCUGAUGAUUAGCUUAGCAGUUAGCUUCUAUAGCUGCUAGCAUGAUGCUAAUGUUACUCACCAGACAACACUUAACAGACCGAAUUAUUAUUUGAUAAAAUAUUAAUAUCAAAUAAUUUAUUCAUAAUAAUGCAUAAUGAUGCAAUAUUAUCAUUUAAUCUUAUUUAUGUCUGAGAACCAAGGAUUAUCUGGAAGAAUCUGAAAAUGAAGUUAAGUUAGUCUUAGAACUAACUAUUACAUCUGCAGCUCAAUGUUUUGUUUAAAGAAAGUUUAGUUCAUAUUUCUUGAUUAUCUUUUGUUUUAGUUCCUGCUGUGUGGACAUUUUUCCAGCUCACUAACUUCACUGACAUGAUAAAGGUCAAGCUAUCCUAGUUUAGCAGCUCUUAUUUUUCACUUGUAAUCUGAAAACAUUCAAAAAAUUACAGUGGCUCUUAACGUUUAACCGUUGUUAAAAUGAGAGGUUUUUGUAAUGAGACGAUGAUAAAACCUUUUCUGCCAUUACUGUAAGAUUUAUCCAGUACAAUUUAGCUCUGAUUCUGAGGACAUCUCUUGUCCACAGCUUUCGUCGGGUACAUGGUGUCAUGCACCUGUAGGAAAACCCAAUUCUAUCUGAAGGAAAGUAACCCCAGAUCAUGAUGCUGUCACCACUGUGUUUUACUGUGGGUAUAGUGCUUUCUUUGUGCCAAAUAUAUCUUUUAUAGCUGUGGCACCACAGUUCAGUGUUGGUUUCAUCAGACCAUGACACAUUCUCUUACAAAGCCUUGUAAGCUCUUGGGCGGGCCUGGAUGUUUUUUUGGGAAGAAAAGGAUUCUGUUAUCCAAACGUACUCCUUUGUCUAGACAUAUGGAGAAUACAGAGGAUUGUUGUAGAACACAACCAGAACUUGCUUUGCUGAUGUUGCUAUUGCCCCAUAUUUUUUUUAAUUACUGAUGUCUCUUUGUUUCUUUGCACUGUUCUCCAUACUGACACAUUUGUACAGUGAGAUUUUUCAGGGUCUAAUUUUUUUUAAACACAAAAACCUUUCAUUUUCACAGGGUGUUAAACACUUUUGAGAUCCACUAUCAUUCUUGUUUUAUUUAUAUGUUGUAAUGGUAUGUAUAUGUUAUUAUUGUGGAUAUCCACCACAAAUGGUCAUUUAAAAUUAAACAAGUUCAGUUAACAUAAUUUAUUUUUAAACAGAUUAAAAAGUCUCAUCAGCUAAUGUAGCAUUGUUGCUAAGCAGUUAGCUUUGAUAACUGAUAGCGGGAUGCUAAUGUAACAACAGUAGCUCAAGGAUUUGUUUAAAGAUUGUUUGCAUUUUCAUUCUAACUGAAAAAUAAAAAUUUCAGAUUUUGCUUUAUGUACAUUUAUUUUGUUUCUUUCCACCAACUCAUCAAAUAUGUAUCCCACAGAAGGCACUAGCAUGCUAAAUACAGACUAACUUAACAUAGCCAGCUAGCAAUUUUUAGCACAAGACUCAAUAAGUGACAGAAUUGAGUAGAAUUGUUAUCAUUAGGUAAUGUGUAUGCUUUGAUAAUUAGAGUGCAUUUCCAUAGCAAAUAAACUGUAGUUUAAAAUGAUUAAAGCUCAGUUAACAUAAUUACAUUUACCUAAUGUAGCUUCAGUGCAACACAGUUGGCUUCAAGGAAUGGAACAAGGAAGUCAAUGUAACAACAGCAUCUCAAGAUUUGUGCUCAUCUGUCUUUUAGCUAUUUUAUAGUCUUUUUCAGCUGCCUCACUAACUUAUUUUAUCCAUAGCACCUAAAAUGUUAAGCUAGCUUAGCUUAGCCAGCUCCUUGUUUUCGCGUGAACCUGAGAACAUACAUGAAAUUAAUUAAACCUACAUUGUUUGGUACUUUGUAAAAAUAUGAAUGUGUUAUAACUGUGGAUGUCCAUUACAACUAUUCAUACAAAAAUAUAAAUGCUCAGUUUAGGCUGUUGUUAAUUUUGUUCUUUUGCGAUUUUGUAUUUUAUGUUGUUUCAUACCAGACUUUUUUAAAUACAAAUUGUCCUUUUGACUGCAGGUUGUUUGGUACCGACUGAUUUUUAUAAACAUUUGUCUCCCUCAUUCAUGAAAAUACUUGACUACAAAAAAUACAUUUAUAUUUCAUGGUUUAGGUACAUGGGUGCAAAUGGUUUGUUUACAAGUAUGAAACGGAUGUUGGAAAGCACAAAAUGGCAAUGCGUUGGUUUAUAAUGGACGAAUGAACUGGCAAAAGGGAGACUGACCCUGGGCUCUCACUGCUAAAUUUAAUUAAAUUAAAUUUUUCAUUGACCUUUCUUAAAAAAGGAAAUCCUUUCAGUUACUGCCUUUUGUACAGUUUAUUCAGAUAAUUUGUCUUGAACCAUCGUACAUUUUUAUUCUACAGCAGUGUGCUCAAAAUUAAGCUUGCAUAUUUUAGCUUGCUGCCAUGUUUUGGGGUUUUUUUGUAGCCCAGAUCUCAAAGGAGACAUUAGAAUUGGCAUUGUUUGAUACUCUGUGUGCUUUAAUAUUACAAAUAACUGUGCACGUUAUAAAAUUAAAUUAAACUUAUUUUAUUGACCCCAUCUGAGUGUAGGGUGCAGAAAUGUUUCAGUCAGCAACCCAGAGACAAAGGAUUAUCGAUUAAAACCUGUAAGGUGAUUAAUAGAAGAUUUUGACACCAUGUUUAGACAGCCACAUGUUUUAGAAAUGUCAGCUUUAACAUAAUUUUGGUGACUUGCUGUCAAUGCGACUACUGUAUUUUUAACACACCAACAAAUAUAAUUCUUGGCCUUAAAAAUAUCUUUAUUAUUGAAGCUGGAGGAAAUCUGGCUUUAAUGCUAUGGAAAAGGUUCAGGGAUGUUCAGCGUUUUAGAAAAAUCAGAACUUAUGGAAAAAAAUGAAUUAGAAACUUUCCAAACUGAAAAAAAACAAACACUUUCUCUACAUUUUGGAGGAUGUGAAGCUUCAACCUCAGCUUUUUUAAAGAUAUGUUGUGAAUUGUGAAGUAUUGUAAAGCAGGAAUUAAUUUUAAGAAAAUCAUAUUGUUUUGGUGCCUAACAUGGUACUCCUUUGCAUGAGAAAAAUGUUCAGAACAUUUCUCUCUGUCAUUUGUAUGCUGUAAAUUUUCCCUGGAAUGGAUCAAGUUGGGGUUGCUUAAUGUUGAUUUUCACCUAAUAACCAUAUUUGCCUUUUCAUGUUUUAAAUUACUGACAUUUCCUACUUAUAAAAUUAUUCAAUUCCCUGUUAAAAUGUUAAUUUUGACUCCUCUUAGGUUAACCUAUGAGCAUUGCUAAUUUGGAAAAUGUGUAUUUUUCCAGCUUCUUCUGGCUGAUAUCAAGUAAUAGAAGUUUGUUGUGAGUUGAUCCAUCCUUGUGUGCAUAAGUAUCCUUCCAUGGUCUGAGAUUCCAGCCAUCGUGGACAGUUUUUCUUCACUUUUCUCCACAAACAUUACCACAUCAUUAUCUUACCGCUACUGUGCAUCACUGUUGGUUUUAUUACUACACUUUUUAAAACCCAUAAUUUUCUUUUUACUGUUUUUUGGGAACAAUUAUUGUGAUUUAGCUGUGUAUAAUAAGGCUCGAAGAUUGCACAAAACCCAAGUUUGUUGCUGCAACAAUAAUUCUGUGGAAUACUUUCCAUGUUGAGUGAAGGUCAUUGCAUGUGUUUGUGUUAACCCCAAGUUAUCUGUGUUGGAGUAUUUGAAAAUAAUCUGCAUAUUGAAUAGACACAAAUCAACAUGAAAUACUGAAUGGUUUAAGUAAUUGAAAAAACAAUUGUAUAGCUAGAAGUGACACCAAAUUUAGCCCCCAAAACCAUUUACCAGUCUGUUUCCUUGCAUGAGAAACUUUAAAAAUAAAUCUAUAGAACAGUUCAACUCAAAUUAAUGCCUUGUAAUCAUGACGAUCUUUUCAUACAGUUAUGCUAUUGGCUCCAUUGCCGGUCAUCAUUUCUUUCUUUUUAAGUCUGUAAAGAUGUCUCCCUUUAGCAAUACGUUUUGCUUUAUGUAUUUGAUCGACUUUGGGGUUCUUCUCAACACAUCUGUCAACUUGAAAACCUGAACAUUGCUUUUCUGUUUAUUUCCAUGUUGUGCUUGUUAAAACAUGUCUGUCUGAUCUACUGUAAAGUUUGUGAACUGCUGAAUGGUUUUGAUCCACAGAUUCCUUAGUGGUGCCGAACGAGAGCAGAAGUCCUGAGGUUUUUGUGCCACAUUUAACAGAAAUAGUUUGAAGUGCAUCUAAGAGCUUUUAAUUUUGACACCCUCUCUGUGACUUUUCUCUGAUGCCUGCAGUUUAUACUCGUUUGUUAAGUUAUCAGUGUGUGUAUCAAUGCCUGUUUGUUGCACUGUAAGAGCAUGUUUGACACAAUGAGAAUGGAAUGAUAUGAGAUGCAUUGUGUUCUUGGUGCCAGAGCUGAUAAUAAAUCUGUUGGUUUUAUCCUGA